ACAACUUUGCCAAGAAAUCCGACAGUUUUGUGGACAGUCAAGGAAUUCCAUACGAUUACUCAAGUGACAUGCAUUACAGCGGAUUUGACUUCUCGAAGAACGGCCGCCUGACCAUCGCCACGGUGGACCCCCGCAACCAGGAGCUGAUCGGACGUCGCGACGGCCUGUCGCACCGGGACACGCACCUCGCCAACCUCAUGUACGGAUGCAUCGACAAGUGGAAGCAGGCGUGUAGCAUGGACAGCGACCCCUGCCAGAACGGCGGUACACUGGUGCAAACUGCGCGUGCGUGUGUCCGCAAGGAACAUCCGGGUCUUCCUGCGAAACACUCGAAGAGGAUUAUUUUGCCUCGCAACGCAGUGACUGCAGUGCGCGCAUCACAAGCCCUGGCACGGUCACCUCGCCCAACUACCCGAGUAACUACCCUUAUGGAGUGGUAUGUGCCAAGUGGGUAGUGGCACCUGAGUGCAAGCUGCCCAGAGUCACCUUCACUGCCUUCAGGCUCUCCGACUGU